AUGGAUCGUAUUAUGGAAAAACCUGAUCCUAAUCCAAAUACAACUGGAGAAGGCAGAUUAAAUGUUGAACGGCAUAAACAGGUAAAAAUUCUUGUACCGAAUAGUACAGCUGGUAUGGUAAUAGGAAAAGGUGGUUCGUAUAUUCAAGAGAUUAAAGAGAAAACUGGUGCCUAUGUACAAAUUUCACAAAAAUCACGAGAAUUCAAUCUUUUAGAACGAUGUAUUGUUGUUGCCGGUGAAUUAGAUCAAACUAGAGCUGCUGUUCGUUUAAUUCUAGGUGUAAUUGCUGCUGAUCCACAAUCAGCUAGUUGUCCAAAUCUUUCAUAUCAUGAUAUACAAGGACCAGUAGCUAGUGUUUAUCCAACUGGUUCACCUUACGCAACACCAAUCAUUCCUUAUUUAAUUAAUCCAUCAGCUUUAUCUAAUCCUUCAAUGGAUACGAAUUCACCUGCAGCUGCCGCGGCUGCUGCAGCAGCUGCAGCAACUAUGAUGGCAGCAGCCGCGGCAGCAGCUGCCACUGGAUCAUUUACACCUGGUCCAUCAUCAUUACAAUCAACUACACCGCCAUCAUCCGCAGCAGCCUCAUUUAUUUCAUCACAAGGUGGUGGAUUUUUCCAAUCGAAUUUCCCAUCAACACCAGAUAUUGCAACAAUGAUAGCGUUAACAUCAAAUCCUCCAGCACAAACUGGAUCAAUUAUUUUACCUUCAAUAUUGCCUAAUCCUCCUCCUAGUAAUAAUGGUCGUAUUCCAUAUGGUGGUGGUGGUGAUUUAUUUGCACAAACUGGUGGUAGUAUUGGCAGUGUUGGUAAUAGUAAUAGUAGUAGUAGUAGUACACCACCAUGGUCACAUAUUACAGGACAAACUGGUUUUGAUGUAUUACUAACUGAUCCAAAUGUUAUGACACCAUUAGCCAGUGUAUCUGUUGCACAACAAGCUUUAACUGGAUCAUUUAUAUCACCAAAACUACAAGAUUGUCAAUCAACUCGUUCUGUUAUAUCACCUCCAGUAUUUUUUCCUUCAUCUUCAUUUAUUCCAGGUAAAUGA